AUGAGAGCAUCGUUGGACAUCAAUGUACUUCUGCUGCUCUUGUGUGGAGUUAACCUGGCGGACACGCUUGGGUACAAACCUGUCAUCAUUGUUCACGGCCUCUUUGACGGCCCUAAACAAUUCCUUAUGAUGAGUCGUUUGAUACAAGAGGUACGUUUCAAAAUGCAGAGAGCCCAAGCCUCUACAACACACGUUGAACCGUAAUUAUAUACUUAUUAAACAGAAAAGAAAACAACUAUGAUGUAAUUUGAGACUGAUUAGAUCAUUGAGAUGUAUGUGGGGGAAAAAAGAAAUUGAGCGUACUUUAAACAGUCUAUGAGUGAUAAAAUAUAGUUUUUGGGCCACCAAAAUGUUUUACACGUAGUAACUCAUAAAGAAGGCAAAAAAGUAUCCAUGGAAACAGUUUCACAUGAAGUGAGAAUGUUAUAAGAUCCUGUUUUAGUGCACCUGUGAUACAAAUGUAUAUCAUACAUAACAUUCUAUUCCUCUAAAAACCUGUGGCCAUUGUCCUGUUAAACAUUCUCCAGAGAGAAAAAAGCAGAUGUUCAAGUCAUCCAUCCAUCAUUUCCCCAAUACCAAGAGAAAACACAACGUUUUCAGCCUAUAAUAUUGGCCCAUCAUAUCAUUAUACUUAAGCAAUAAGGCCCGAGAGGGUGUGGUAUAUGGCCAAUAUACCAUGGCUAAGGGCUGUUCUUAUGAAUGACACAAUGUGGAGUGCCUGGAUACAGCCCUUUGCCAUGAUAUAUUGGCAAUAUACCACAAACACCCGAGGUGCCUUAUUGUUAUUAUAAACUGGUUACCAACAUAAUUGGAGCAAUACAAAUAGAUGUUUUUUCAUACCCGUGGUAUAUGGUCUGAUAUACCACGUAUUUUAGCCAAUCAGCAUUCAGGGCUCGAACCACCCAGUUUAUAAUGUAUAUUAUAAUAUGAUAAGAUAUAAAAACAAAGAGAGUCACACACUCCGUAUGUAUAACCUCCCAGUAAUUUAUUGGGUAAAGAAGGCGCAGUGAUGCUGAAACGUUGGUGUUUUUUUACCCAAUAAAUUACUGGGAGGUUCUACAUAUGGAGUGUGCGACUCUCUUUGUUUUUAUAGCUUACAGUUUAUUCCCUGUUAGUCAGCACUUCUACACUAAAUAUUUGUAUCUGGGUGUGCGCCAGCUCAUACUUUUUAUUAGAAUAAUAUGAUAGGAUAACAUGUUUCAGGUACAUAGUUUUUCUUGUAUUUUGCAAUAUAAGCUGAUGUAUUCUUUUGACAGGCCCAUCCAGGUACCAACGUGUCAGUGAUAGAUCUGUAUGAUAACAUGGCCAGCCUGAAGCCACUGUGGGUGCAGGUGCAGGGCUUCAAAAAGGCGCUCUAUCCAAUCAUGCAGGAGGCAGAGAACGGCGUCCAUCUUAUCUGCUUCUCACAAGGUCUUUCUAUCUCUGUUAUUUUGCAUUUUUGGAACAAUACAUAGAGAUAUAGCUCUGUCCGCUUAAUGUUGUCUUCCCCUGCUUCUCCUAGGUGGUCUGAUAUGUCGAGGACUUCUUUCUACACUUCCUGACCAUAAUGUCCAGUCCUUCAUCUCCCUCUCAUCACCACAGGCUGGCCAGUAUGGAGGUCAGUGAUGGUCACUUUCUUCUCGGAAGUCAUAUUUGAUCAGGCAAGGCCUGCGUAUAGGUCUUGUUUUUAUUAUUUUCCCCAAUAAAUUCGAACACAAUGAAGUUUUGCUUUUUGUCAUGCAACAAAGUUUCAUUUUUUCUAUCAAUAUCUCACAUUUCAAAUAAAAAGUGAAACUUUGCAAGCUGUGUGUAAACUCAGCUACACAUCUGAUGCCUGCUGGACUGUUCCUUUACACGGUACCCCAUCCUGUUUAUCUGUCUAGCCUCAGCCCAAACUUUCAUCGCCAUUACCAGUUGUUGUCUUAGCCCUCUCGAAUAACACCUAUGAUUGCGUUAUGCCUCUCUCCCAUGUCAAUAUGCCUAGCCUAUUGCUGUUUGGGUUAGUUCUUAUUGUACUAUUUCACUGUAGAGCCCCCAGUCCCGCUCAACCUGCCUCAGAUAGCUCCUUUGUCCCACCCCCCAUACACACGGAGACCGGCUCAAUCGGUACCUCCAGUGAUGUAAUCUCUUUCAUUGUUACCCAACGCUUAGGUGUACCUCCACUGUACUCAUAUCCUUCCAUAUCCUUGUCUGUACAUAAUGCCCUGAAUCUAUUCUACAACGCCCGGAAAUCUGCCCCUUUUAUUCUCUGUACCCAACGCACUAGAAGACCAGUUCUUAAAGCCUUUAGCCGUAUCCUUAUUAUAUUCCUCCUCUGUUCCUCUGUUACAUUACAUUUUACAUUUUAGUCAUUUAGCAGACGCUCUUAUCCAGAGCGACUUACAGUUAGUGCAUACAUUUCUUCUUCCUCUGGUGAUGUAAAGGUUAACCCAGGCCAUGUAGCCCCCAGUAUCACUCCUACUCCCCAGGCACUAUCAAUUGUUGACUUCUGUAACCGUAAAAGCCUUGGUUUCUUGCAUGUUAACAUCAGAAGCCUCCUCCCCAAGCUUGAGUUAUUCACUGCAUUAGCACACUCUGCCAACGCUGAUGUUCUAGCAGUGUCUGAAUCCUGGCUUAGGAAGACCACCAAAAAUUCAGAAAUGUCCAUCCCGAACUACAACAUUUUCCGUCUAGAUAGAACUGCCAAAGGGGGCGGAGUUGCAAUCUACUGUAGAGAUAUCCUUCAGAGCUCUAUCAUACUAUCCAGGUCUGUGCCCAAACAGUUUGAGCUUCUACUUAAAAAAAUCCACCUGUCCAGAAAUGUCUCUCACUGUUGCCGCUUGCUCCUCAGCCCCCAGUUGUGCCCUGGACACCAUAUGUGAAUUGCUUGCCCCCCAUCUAUCCUCAGAGUUCGUACUGCUUGGUGACCUAAACUGGGAUAUGCUUAACACUCCGGCCGUCCUACAAUCUAAACUAGAUGCCCUCAAUCACACACAAAUUAUCAAGGAACCUACCAGGUACAACCCUAAAUCCGUAAACAUGGGCACCCUCAUAGAUAUCAUCCUGACUAAUUUACCCUCUAAAUACACCUCUGCUGUCUUCAACCAGGAUCUCAGCGAUCACUGCCUCAUUGCCUGCGUCCGUAAUGGGUCUGCGGUCAAAUUACCACCCCUCAUCACUGUCAAACGCUCCCUAAAACACUUCAGCGAGUAGGCCUUUCUAAUUGACCUGGCCCGGGUAUCCUGGAUGGAUAUUGACCUCAUUCCGUCAGUAGAGGAUGCCUGGAUGAUCUUCAAAAGUGCUCUCCUCUCCAUCUUAAAUAAGCAUGCCCCAUUCAAAAAAGUCAGAAUUAAGAACAGAUAUAGCCCCUGGUUCACCCCAGACUUGACUGCCCUUGACCAGCACAAAAACAUCCUGUGGCGUACUGCAUUAGCAUCGAACAGCCCCUGCGAUAUGCAACUUUUCAGGGAAGUCAGGAACCAAUAUACACAAUCAGUUAGGAAAGCAAAGUCUAGCUUUUUCAAACAGAAAUUUGCAUCCUGUAGCACUAACUCCAAAAAGUUUUGGGACACUGUAAAGUCCAUGGAGAAUAAGAGUACCUCCUCCCAGCUGCCCACUGCACUGAGGCUAGGAAACACUGUCACCACCGAUAAAUCUAUGAUAAUCGAGAAUUUCAAUAAGCAUUUUGCUACGGCUGGCCAUGCUUUCCACCUGGCUACCCCUACCCCGGCCACCAGCUCUGCACCCUCCGCUGCAACUUGCCCAUGCCCCCCCCACUUCUCCUUCACCCAAAUUCAGAUAGCUGAUGUCCUGAAAGAGCUGCAAAAUCUGGACCCCUACAAAUCAGCUGGGCUAGACAAUCUGGACCCUUUCUUUCUAAAAUUAGCAGCCGAAAUGGUCACAACCCCUAUUACUAGCCUGUUCAACCUCUCUUUCGUAUCGUCUGAAAUCCCCAGAGAUUGGAAAGCUGCCACGGUCAUCCCCCUCUUCAAAGGGGGUGACACUCUAGAUCCAAACUGUUACGGACCUAUAUCCAUCCUGCCCUGCCUUCCGAAAGUAUUUGAAAGCCAAGUUAACAAACAGAUCACCAACCAUUUCAAAUCCCACCGUACCUUCUCCGCUAUGCAAUCUGGUUUCCGAGCUGGUCAUGGGUGCACCUCAGCCACGCUCAAGGUCCUAAAUGAUAUAAUAACCGCGAUCGAUAAAAGACAGUACUGUGCAGCCGUCUUCAUCGACCUGGCCAAGGCUUUUGACUCUGUCAAUCACCGCAUUCUUAUUGGCAGACUAAAUAGCCUUGGUUUCUCAAAUGACUGCCUCGCCAGGUUCACCAACUACUUCUCAGAUAGAGUUCAAUGUGUCAAAUCGGAGGGCCUGUUGUCUGGACCUCUGGCUGUCUCUAUGGGGGUGCCACAGGGUUCAAUUCUCGGGCCGACUCUAUUCUCUGUGUAUAUCAAUGGUGUCGCUCUUGCUGCUGGUGACUCUCAGAUCCACCUCUACGCAGACGACACCAUUUUGUAUACAUCUGGCCCUUCAUUGCACACUGUGUUAACAAACCUCCAAACGAGCUUCAAUGCCAUACAACACUCCUUCCAUGGCCUCCAACUGCUCUUAAACACUAGUAAAACUAAAUGCAUGCUCUUCAAUCGUACGCUGCUUGCAUCCGCCUGCCCGACUAGAAUCACUACUCUCGGCGGGUCUGACUUAGAAUAUGUGGACAACUACAAAUACCUAGGUGUCUGGUUAGACCGUAAACUCUCCUUCCAGACUCACAUUAAGCAUCUCCAAUCCAAAGUUAAAUCUAGAAUCGGCUUCCUAUUUCGCAACCAAGCCUCCUUCACUCAUGCUGCUAAACAUGCCCUCGUAAAACGUAAUACUAAAUUGUAAUUAUUUUACACUAUGGCCUAUUUAUUGCCUUACCUCCAUAACUUACUACAUUUGCACACACUGUAUAUAGUUUUUCUAUUGAGUUAUUGACUGUAUGCUUUGUUUAUUCCAUAUGUAACUCUGUGUUGUUGUUGUUUUUAUCGCACUGCUUUGCUUUAUCUUGGCCAGGUCGCAGUUGUAAAUGAGAACUUGUUCUCAACUGGCUUACCUGGUUAAAUAAAGGUUAAAUAAAAAAUUAAAUAUGUUCCACACACCACACACAUUUUACUAGCCUUUUCCUUGUGCUUCUUCCACAGACACAGAAAUUCUGAAAUGGGUUUUUCCUCACUAUCUAAAGGCCAGUCUUUUUCACGUGUGUUACUCUUUAGUAGGACAGAAAUGGUCCAUCUGCAACUUCUGGAAUGGUAAGAGAGAAUUGGGUUGUUAAAGGGGAACUUCAGUGUCAAACAAAUAGAGAACCAGAACAUUUGUUUGUAGAUGUGUGUCUGAGUACAGUAAAGAGGCUUAUGACUGUUCCUUUGUGCUUGCACCAAAAUGUUUUGUCCUACCAGACCCACACCAAAGAGAACGCUUCCUGAAGAGCAGCAAUUAUCUGGCCCUUCUGAAUGGAGAGAGACCACACAGUGAAAUGACAGGUACUGAAAUUCAUUCCUAUUGCAGAUAUCUCAGCAUCCAAAACUGAAAACCUAGAUUAGAUUAGUCAUCAUUGACUGAUAAGGGCCAGACAAAAUCUCCAGCAAAGUUCCUUACUUCUCCUUUCACACUGCGUUGUCUGCAUAAUGAACAAAACUAUACAUUUUGUAGCAAUAGGCCUAUUUAGUUUGGCUUCCAUUUAUUUCUCAAUAUACACUGCUCUAAAAAAUAAAGGGAACACUUAAACAACACAAUGUAACUCCAAGUCAAUCACACUUCUGUGAAAUCAAACUGUCCAUUUAGGAAGCAACACUGAUUGACAAUACAUUUCACAUGCUGUUGUGCAAAUGGAAUAGACAACAGGUGGAAAUUAUAGGCAAAUAGCAAGACACCCCCAAUAAAGAAGUGGUUCUGCAGGUGGUGACCACAGACCACUUCUCAGUUCCUAUGCUUCCUGGCUGAUGUUUUGGUCGCUUUUGAAUGCUGGCGGUGCUUUCACUCUAGUGGUAGCAUGAGACGGAGUCUACAACCCACACAAGUGGCUCAGGUAGUGCAGCUCAUCCAGGAUGGCACAUCAAUGCGAGCUGUGGCAAGAAGGUUUGCUGUGUCUGUCAGCGUAGUGUCCAGAGCAUGGAGGUGCUACCAGGAGACAGGCCAGUACAUCAGGAGAAGUGGAGGAGGCCGUAGGAGGGCAACAACCCAGCAGCAGGACUUUUACCUCCGCCUUUGUGCAAGGAGGAGCAGGAGGAGCACUGCCAGAGCCCUGCAAAAUGACCUCCAGCAGGCCACAAAUGUGCAUGUGUCUGCUCAAACGGUCAGAAACAGACUCCAUGAGGGUGGUAUGAGUGCCCGACGUCCACAGGUGGGGGUUGUGCUUACAGCCCAACACCGUGCAGGACGUUUGGCAUUUGCCAGAGAACACCAAGAUUGGCAAAUUCGCCACUGGCGCCCUGUGCUCUUCACAGAUGAAAGCAGGUUCACACUGAGCACAUGUGACAGACGUGACAGAGUCUGGAGACGCCGUGGAGAACGUUCUGCUGCCUGCAACAUCCUCCAGCAUGACCGGUUUGGCGGUGGGUCAGUCAUGGUGUGGGGUGGCAUUUCUUUUCGGGGGCCGUACAGCCCUCCAUGUGCUCGCCAGAGGUAGCCUGACUGCCAUUAGGUACCGAGAUGAGAUCCUCAGACCCCUUGUGAGACCAUAUGCUGGUGCGGUUGGCCCUGGGUUCCUCCUAAUGCAAGACAAUGCUAGACCUCAUGUGGCUGGAGUGUGUCAGCAGUUCCUGCAAGAGGAAGGCAUUGAUGCUGUGGACUGGCCCGCCCGUUCCCCAGACCUGAAUCCAAUUGAGCACAUCUGGGACAUCAUGUCUCGCUCCAUCCACCAACGCCACGUUGCACCACAGACUGUCCAGGAGUUGGUGGAUGCUUUAGUCCAGGUCUGGGAGGAGAUCCCUCAGGAGACCAUCUGCCACCUCAUCAGGAGCAUGCCCAGGCGUUGUAGGGAGGUCAUACAGGCACGUGGAGGCCACACACACUACUGAGCCUCAUUUUGACUUGUUUUAAGGACAUUACAUCAAAGUUGGAUCAGCCUGUAGUGUGGUUUUCCACUUUAAUCUUGAGGGUGACUCCAAAUCCAGACCACCAUGGGUUGAUACAUUUGAUUUCCAUUGAUAAUUUUUGUGUGAUUUUGUUGUCAGCACAUUCAACUAUGUAAAGAAAAAAGUAUUUAAUAAGAUUAUUUCAUUCAUUCAGAUCUAGGAUGUGUUGUUUAAGUAUUCCCUUUAUUUUUUUGAGCAGUGUAUAUUUGAUAAAACUGCAGAUUCAGUCUGGCCCUACUGACACUGUUGGCCUAAGUAGUUUUAAAUUCGAUAAAAUGUGGAGAGACAUAGUUACUCUCAAUCUCAGAACAAAUAAAUGUAUCUCUCUCUAAUCAUCAGAGUGGAGGAAGAACUUCCUGCGAAUCAACAAGCUGGUGUUGAUUGGAGGACCAGAUGAUGGAGUGAUUACACCAUGGGAGUCCAGGUAUCCAUGGUCACCAUCACCACCAUUAUUUUACACUAAAUUAAUUGCCCUGUUGUAUAUCCUGCAUUCUUACAAACACGUUGGUUUAAUCUCUGAGACGUGAGCUGGACACUAGUGACACUCUAUACCUAUUGGACUAACCAUGUCUGUUCUCUCCAAUCAGUCACUUUGGAUUUUAUGACAUUAACGAAACCAUUGUUGAGAUGAAGAACCAGGAAGUAAGUUACUUUAAUGGUACCAUCUACCAUCAUUGAUAAUGUUCCUAAUGUUCAUGUCAUAAUGUAAUGGGGUAACUAUGUGCUUCUCUGUCUCUCUCAUUUGAAUAGUGGUACGUUAGGGAUUCGUUUGGGCUGAAGACACUGCAUGCUCGUGGAGACCUGGCUGUGUAUGUGCUCUCAGGAGUGAAACACAGCUAUUGGCAUUCUAAUGAGACGGUGUUCAGAGGCUACAUAGAGGAGUGGCUGACAUGAACACGCGCCCACACACACAUUCACGCUGAAUAUCAUGUUCAUAGAAACAGCCAUAAAAGGUUAUGCAAGUUGUCUUUGAUUGACAUAUCAUAGUUGUAUGUCAUGCCUAUUUUAUAUUUUUAUACAGUAUUGUUUGUCUGUGAUUAUGAAACAGCGAAAUCAAGUGUUUUUUUGUAAAGUAAUAGGAAAUACACACGGAAUUUUCCUGAAUUUCACAUGAUGUGUUCUUGCACAAUGCUUUCACUCUACUCCUGGUGAAUCAGACUUGUUUCUCUCUUGGAAUAAAUCUGUGUGAUUGAUGAUAGUGUAUAAUCUUUAUAUUUGACUGAAUCUUCAAAAUGAUUACCAAACAUUGGACUACAAUCGCCCAAGCAUGCACAUUUCCCAGUUCCAUAGAUUACCAUAGAUUACAAUGAUCUGAGCAGAAAUGAAAAACAGUAGACUAAAUGUGUUCAGGGAUCAGUUGGGGGGGGCUAUAUUCUGGGAAUGAUUGCCAUCAGAAUCAGAAGUAACCUAUAAUGUUGCAUAAACUUAAAUACAUUUACAUUUUAGUCAUUUAGCAGACGCUCUUAUCCAGAGCGAUUUACAGGAGCAAUUAGGGUUAAGUGCCUUGCUCAAUGGCUCAUCGACAGAUGUGCUCGGGGAUUAGAACCAGCGAUCUUUCGGUUACUGGCACAACGCUCUUAACCACUAAACUACCUGCCGCCCAAUUACAUUCCAUUGUAGCUAUUAGUUGAGGGAGGAGCUCUGGCACUGUACAUUACCAAUGAAAAGUGUGUCUAUGAAAAUAAUCCAAUGGACUGCUGACAUACGGCCAUUUACUUCUCAGAACGGGUGUAAUCAUUAGUCCAAACAGAGAUUUUCUAUUUGACUAAUUCAGGUAGGUCCCUCCCCGUUUCGUUCCGUUUACGAAAUGUUUUGCAACAGAAUCGGCGUAAUGAAUACACCCCAGGUAUGACCAAUGACGUCAGCAAGGUAGCGCACACUCACAGCUCCUUUCCGGUGUAGGCUACUGCAGUGCGCUCGAGUUCCUGGUUGAUAUUGUAAGAAACUUUUUAAAGAAAUUGUGUUUCUCAUUUUUUAUUAUGUGGUCAUUGGUGAAGUCGUUAAUGUUUUUAGAAAAUGUUGAUGGGACUCGGUUAACUUCACCGAGGACGCCACCGGGAUUAAAAGUUUGUGUUCAAGAUUUACCAACUUUAUCGGGUUCAGAGCGCGAAACCAGAUUUAACUUCUAGAGACAGAUAAGCCACACUCAUCCAAACUCUUUAUGCAUGCAGAUGGUCUAAAAGUGGAGAUAAAGAAAACAAAUGUGUGAUUUUGGCAAACUCCAAAGGACGAAAUUAAUUUGGUAAAGUCACUGCUUAACUUGAUUCAGACAGUGAACACGUAGCCUAGAAUUUUCGUGGUUACGGACUCCGCGUUGUCGGAAUGGAACUUAUUUACACACCGCUGCUGCUUAAAAUAGGACUGCAUAGACAGGUCAAUGGUCUUGGUUAUAGGUUGUGUACCGCGGCCAACAGAAAGAAACGUAGUUUACACCAGCAGCUGUCGUCUUUCGAAAUUGUAGAGGAAUAGACCGCAGGCUAUUAUAAAGUUCAUAAUGAUAGGUACAAGCGAGCAGUGAGACGAAUGGCGGAGAGACCGUGAAAGUUUGCGAGACUUGUUUUUUGCUUUGACAGUUUGCGAAAUGUACUGUCAGCGUGGCUCAAGGUCGACGUGUAGGCGGCUGUUGGUUGCUACUGUAAACACUCUCAGAUGUGUGCAAAAAGAGCCAUCGCACUGACAAAAACAUCCGCACUAUAAUAUUAAAGCGUACUGACAGGCAAAGCAGUGAGAGCCGAUAAUAACUGAAUUAGGCUAAACAGCCAAGGAUAAUCUUUUUUGUAUUUUUUGUAUAAGUGGGCCAAAAGUGAAGCCAGCUUUUGAAAAUCCAGUUCUGACUUGGAAAAACUCAUUUGAAUGUCACUGCCAGCAAGUGCAAUUAUACAGAAUUGAAUUCUAAGAUUAGAUAUCCAACCAUUCUCAACAUCAUGAUCAAAAAGUCUAGAAUACAUUUAGUUAAGGCUGCAGCUUAGAAUCUUUUCUGCUUUAUUCCAACAGAAUAUUGAAGAACAUCGGGGGCGGGGGGAUUUUCUAGCCCUUCUGUCUACUAUGUCCUCCAGAGGCAAAGGCGAGGGGUGUCGGGUGUGUGGGGGUGACCUGCAGGGUAACCAACGGCGAUGGCUCUUUGGGGGUCAGAACAAAAAAGAUGGUCAGCCUCAGACCCCAUCAGACUCACUGGGCAGAGGAAGUCUCUCCAGGUCUUCUCAGAGCAGCCCCUGGGGUGAGUUGUGUGUGCACUUCUGUGCGUGUAUGCACGUGUGUGUGUUCUAAUGUUUUCCUUUCCCCCUUUGCAGGUAGCACCAUGUCCCUUGGCUCCACAACGUCUCUCCCGUCCCUGUCCUCACCCGCUAAAGCAAUGGAUCUUCUCUCUGUACUGACACACAUACUAGGCCAGUCCGUACCACGGGGCAGUGGGCGGGGGGAGUUCUUGUGUGGCAAAUGCGUUUCAGUUCUAGAGCGGGUUUUCAAGUUUGACUCUGUCAUUUCCAGAGUGAGGGUCUUAUCCUCUGAGAGGCUUCAGAAGUUGACCCAGGAGAGGGACAAGGUCAGGCAGUGGGUACGCAGCGCUUACCGCCAGCGACACCCUCAGGAUUUCAGGAUGAGGAGCAGCACUAGUGAGGAGGAUGGGGAUGGAAUGGGAGACAAAGAUGGCUACAUGGAAAUGUUGAAGGAGAACAUGGCCCUGUCAGAGUAUGAGUGCUGGUCUGAGAAAUGGGACGCAUGUCCAUACUUCAGCAGAACGGGGAAAAGAUGCUCAAAGGGGAAAAAUUGUGAGGGAUGUGAUUCUUUGAGGGUGUCCGACUCCGCUUAUGAGUCAGUUUGUGGGGUUCCUCGCCGCCUACCCUUCCAACCCUUUUCCCCCUUGGCCCUAUCACGGGACAAGUCGCAGAGCAUGCCCCUUCAUUGGUCGAGAGUGCCGUCGCUCAGCUCUAGCCCAGCGUCAUUGGCUGGAUCCACUCUCUCCUUACGAGGGUCCUCUCGCACUGAGUCCAUCCAAUCGCUGGACUCGUUGGGUUGCCGUGAUCCAUUAGAUUUUCCAGAUGAUUUGUCACUCCUGGUCCUCAGAGAGUUGAAAGGUAUUGAAGGAAAGCCUGUCAGUUCACCAUCAGGGAGUAAGAUUCCCGUUUUGGGAAAGAGGGAAGGGCGAUAUUUAGGAGAGGUAGGUGAGACAUCCUCCCCUGAGGUAACAAGGGUGCUGAAUUUUGGAGAGCGGGAGAAUGGAGGAGAGGAAGUGGAUGGAGAGACCAAUGAUGUUCUGACUGAAUUGAGGGAUGAGUUUAUUCCACUACACAGAGAGGUGAGAUUUCUCUUACAUUCAAUCAAAAUCCAGCAUACCAAAUAACGAUAGGGAGUGAUUAUGAGUAGGGUCAGGAGUUUUUCCUGACAACACUUUGGGUUUCCAUUGCCUAUAAAUCAGCCCUUUCCCUGGUCAGGAAAAUAUCUCUGCCCUAAAUGAGGAUUUUCUGACAGGUUGCCUUGCCUUGCCUGUGGAUCGCUCCGUCUAUCACUGAGUGUAAAUAUUUACUUAGUUGUCUGUAAUAUGUCAUCUAGGAUCUAAAAUGUCUGUAGCCAGUGCAAAGUUCCUACUUAUGAAUACAGGAAUAGGACUUCAACAGAAUUGAAUGUGACAACAAAAUGCCAUUUUCUUAUUUAUUUUCAGAGCACUACAGGUCGAGUGCACCUUGCAGUCAGGCAGUUGCGAGGACAGCUUGAUCAAGCUAUGGCACGCAUCAAGACCCUAGAAACUGAGCUUGAACACGGGACCAAAACCAAACCAGAUACUAAUGUCAAUGGACCAGAGGAUUGGCUUAAGGUAAGCAAUGAGUAGUUUAUUGAUUUGAUACUCCACAUGUUUCCCCCUUGUAUUUAGACACUUUAUUAAGCCACAAAUUAAGCCUAGUCAUGGACUAAAAAGCAUUCCCAAUGGAGAUUCUCCAAUUAAAUCGUAUUUUUGUUGUGUGCUCAAUUCUGCUCACCAAUUGAAACAGUUUUGUCAUUUUCAAUUGAGUUACUAUAAAUACUAUGGACUGGUUCCCCUGACAAAGCUGGACUAGGCUGGUCCAGGUUUAAAUUGGUGAGCAGAAUUGAAGUGUCAUGAUCAUUUGGUUGAGCACACAACUAAGGUUGACAGUCCCUGUCAUGGUAACUGACUGAUGACUUUUUCUACAAGAUCAACAGGUAUAGGCCUAGUCAGCCGGUGCACAGCAAUAUAAUGGCCUGAACAUAGUGUCCCUAACAUGCUUCCUCUGCAUGUACUUGCGCGCGCACACUCACACACGUCUACAGAAUCACAUGGAUAGCAAUGUCUUUAAGCCGUGCUUGUGUUGACUAAGCACAAAUAAAGCAUUAUGCAAGGAAUGAUGGGUGUGUUAGUUUGUUUGGUCUCUGGAUGAGGGAGUGUCCUCUUUCCUUAAUGCAGGUGCACUCAUGUAACCACACACACACCUCUCCCUGGAAUCUCCCCCAACUAGAGGAGUUUGCCCUGCAGCUCAGGAUUGCUUUUCAUAAAGAGAUCAUUAACAUGCUUCUCAGCUGCUGAGUGGCAUCUUUUAACCUUAUCUCCUUACGGUAGACUCAUGUUAUCCAACCCUGCACCUACCUAUGGUUAUAGCAUGUCUAGGCCUCACCCCCAGCUGUUAAGGCAUCUUACCUAAACUGAUUCUCAUUUCAUGAGGUUCACAUCUGUGAUUCAGGUCUGGCUUGAGUUCUAGUUGUUUUGAUAUUUUAGGAAGCCCUAUUAGCAAGUUCAGUCUGGGAAUGGGAGCUGUAAAUCCAUGAAGAACUUUUGACGAUUAAGAGCCCCACAGCCAGCUCUACACAAUCAAAUAUUUUAAUUUGCCUGGAAUCUGGCAUUAGCUCCACCCAAUCCUAGAAAAGUUCAAAUAAGUCAAUAGUUGCGAUUAAGUAUUUGUGUGCUCUGUGUGAGGUCUUACAGUAUAUCAAGCUUUUGUGGUGGGGAACUUUCACACUUGGCACUUACAGUAUAAGCCUAUAAACUGCCCUGCAUGUUCAAAGUUUAUUACAAGUAUACAAACUGAUUGCCUGCAUUCUUUGAAAGCAUAAACUGUAACAUAGUGGCAUAUCACCCACAAGACACUGGCUUCAAAAUGGAGAGGUCUGCUGCUCUAGCCUGGUCCCAGAUCAGUUUGUGCUGUCUUGGCAACGCCUAUGGUCAUUGUCAUGAGUUUGAAAGACAACACAAACCGAUGUAUGACCAGGCUAAGCUGCUCUUCUAUCGCUGCAGCAAUGCUAGUCCUGUGUUGACUUAAUUCCUUAAUCUAAGUGCUGUGUAUGGUGUGAUUAUGGCUUUUUCAGUUGCCACAGAAGGACGGGGGAAACUUCCUACUGCAGAGUUUGGGGCAUUCGCUGCACAGCAGAGACCGAGUUAUACAGGUGAGUGAUUCAUAGUGAUUCUAUGAGAGGAGACAGUGUAGUCAUGCUGAAAUCACAGGGAUCCACUACACUCAGAAAUGAGACACUGGCUGAACUAGUGGAAUGUUACCAUCAAAACAUGGACACACCACGCUCUUAAACUCCCAGAGUUAACUUAUGAUAUAGUGGUAUUAGCAGAUAGGAAUCCAUCACAAAAGCCAAACAAAACUGCUUUAUCUCUACUGAAGAUUGUAUGGGUGAGCAAACUUUCUCAGCUUAACAUACUGACAGUUAGACAAAUAGAUAUAUGAAAUUGGUUUAAUAUACAGUAUCAGUCAAAAGUUUGGACACACCUACUCAGUCCAGGGUUUUUCUUUAUUUUUUACUAUUUUCUACAUUGUAGAAUAAUAGUGAAGACAUCAAAACUAUGAAAUAACACAUAUGGAAUCAUGUAGUAACCAAGAAAGUGUUAAACAAAUCAAAAUAUAUUUUAUAUUUGAGAUUCUUCAAAUAGCCACCCUUUGCCUUGACAGCUUUGAACACUUUUUGCAUUCUCUCAACCAGCUUCAUGAGGUAGUCACCUGGAAUGCAUUUAAAUUAACAGGUGUGCCUUCUUAAAAGUUAAUUUGUGGAAUUUCUUUCCUUCCUAAUGCGUUUGAGCCAAUCACUUGUGUUGUGAUUAGGUAGGGGGGGUAUACAGAAGAUAGCCCUAUUUGGUAAAAGACCAAGUCAUAUUAUGGCAAGAAAAGCUCAAAUAAGCAAAGAGAAACGACAGUCCAUCAUUACCUUAAGACAUGAAGGUCAGUCAGUAUGGAACAUUUCAAGAACUUUGAACGUUUCUUCAAGAGCAGUCGCAAAAAACAUCAAGCGCUAUGAUGACACUGGCUCUCAUGAGGACCGCCACAGGAAUGGAAGACCCAGAGUUACCUCUGCUGCAGAGGAUACAUUUAUUAGAGUUACCAGCCUCAGAAAUUGCAGCCCAAAUAAAUGCUUCAGAGUUCAAGUAACAGACACAUCUCAACAUCAACUGUUCAGAGGGGACUGUGUGAAUCAGGCCUUCAUGGUCAAAUUGCUGCAAAGAAACCACUACUAAAGGACACCAAUAAGAAGAAGAAACCUGCUUGGGCCAAGAAACACGAGCAAUGGACAUCAGACCGGUGGAAAUGUGUCCUUUGGUCUGGAGUCCAAAUUUGAGAUUUUUAGUCCAACCGCUGUGUCUUUGUGAGACGCGGUGUGGGUGAACGGAUGAUCUCCGCAUGUGUAGUUCCCACCAUAAAGCAUGGAGGAGGAGGUGUUAUGGUGUGGGGGUACUUUGCUGGUGACACUGUCUGUGAUUUAUUUAGAAUUCAAGGCUCACUUAACCAGCAUGGCUUCCACAGCAUUAUACAGCGAUACGCCAUCCCAUCUGGUUUGGGCUUAGUGGGACUAUCAUUUGUUUUUCAACAGGAUAAUGCCCCAACACACCUCCAGGCUGUGUAAGGGCUAUUUUACCAAGAAGGAGAGUGGAGUGCUUCAUCAGAUGACCUGGCCUCCACAAUCACUUUUUUGUUUACUACAUGAUUCCAUAUGUGUUUUUCAUAGUUUAGAUGUCUUCACUAUUAUUCUACAAUGUAAAAAAUAAAGAAAAACCCAUGAAUGAGUAGGUGUGUCCAAACUUUAGACUGGUAGUGUAUAUGUAUGUUUUUAUAGUCACAUUUAUUGGUCGCGUACACAGUUUAGCAGAUGGUUAUAGUGGAUGCAGCGAAAUGCUUACGUUACUAGCUCCUAACAGUGCAGUAAAAAUGUCAAACAGGUACACAAAUAAUCCAUUUAAAAACAAGAAAAUCAAGAAAUGUUGGUUAUAAAUCCAAGUAUCAACACACAUAGCACUGUAACAGCAAUCCAACAGUGAGUGUUUGGGGCAAACCCUGUUUUCUUAACGAUCAUUGUCUCAAUAUUUAUCAUUAAGACAUUGUUUUAAAUGCAGUUUUUCUAUUCUGGUGUAAUUUUUUCAUACAUCAAGUCCUUUUCUGAAGCCAUGUGUUUUUGUGUUAUUCCAUGAUCAGACAUGAAUUUCCUGUCUCCCUGUCUGCCUCAGGAGUGCAUGGGUCUGAUCAGGAAGAUGUGUGUGGAGGUGGGGACAGGGACAGACGUGGCUGACAGACUGACACAGGCACUCACUGACAAUCUGAAACAAACGCUCUCCGACAAUAAGGUGAGGGCUAAGAUUGAUCCCAUUUGAUUAUGAUUUGAAUAAGCUAUUGGUUUACACAAAAAAAACUUGUGCAGACUGUCAAGGCAUGGACAAUAAAACGUGUGAAUUUGUCCUUUUUUUACUAUGACAUUACUAUUUUGAUAUAAACAUUUCUGUUCAAUGUUAUUUUGCUGAUGUCUUAUGUUCUACUUCUUCUUUAGCAAGCCCUGGAGACUCUGCGCUCUGAGAUGAGUGAGAAGAAGAGGAUGGAGAGUGAGCUGGAGGCACUGAAGAAGGCUGGGAGAGACCGGGAGAGAGACCUCUACACACUCAACACUGUGCUCCAAUGUAACCAGGACAUCAUCAAUGUGAGUCUGAAGUUGAACACACAUGUGAUUGCUGUGCUACCAGUGUAUUGCAGUUCCUGUAGAACAAGUACACACACACACACCCUCAUACUCUUUCACUUAGAUGUAUUCACUCACAUUCAUUUAACAAAUGUAACAUUGUACUGCAUACCCUAUAUAAAGUCACUCAGUCAAAGGUGUUACAAGUUUCACACAUAAGAGCCCUGUUUUCCUUCUAAAACCCAGGAGCUGAGAGUGGAGCUGGUUGAGAAGGAGCGAGUGCAGCGGGAGGUGCAGAAGGAGAGGGAAGUGUGGCGACAGCGGGACCAGGCCCUCACAGCAUUGCUAGAGGAGAAAGAGUCACUUCUCCUCUGCCUGAAGGAGGCGCUAGAGAGCUCUCAGAAAGACAUGCAGGUGAGAGCAUUACCUAAACAUACAGUAUCUCCAUAGGUUGAAUUAAAUUAGGAGUGCUGUGGGAGUGCUGUAGGAUUUAGAUCAGGACUCUUACUCUGAGACUCUUUGUGAAUACAGACCCAGAUGUCUUGAAAGAUAGUGUUUUGAGUAAUUUGAAUAUCUAUUAGUUUGACCAUUCCUGAUCUAAACAGAAUUGGGUACAGGUAUGUCCCUUUUUCCAGUGUGCCCACAAUUGUUUGUGUCAGGUUCAGUAACCAGUGCUGCAUGCACUGACCUCUGUUCUUCAAGUUAAAGGUGCCUACAUGUCGAUUGUCUCACCCAUGUGGAAGCUAGGUCAAUUGCAACAAUACUUAGGCUGAAUAUAAACAACUCUUUCCCACUCCCAUGCAUUCCGUUUCCCUGCAAUACGGUGGAGAGGUUAGUGCUGUUCGACAUCCUAAGGAUCCCGGAUAGCAUAGACCAUGGUGGAGACUAUUUUACUUUCAGUUUCGUCCACCAACUUCAAACAGCUGUAGAUAUUUCACUGCGAUUUAGAUCGUACAAAGAUUCUCUACGCUAUUCAGUGCAUGUUUUCUCACAUAAACUGAAAUAGUUCGAAGAGUGUAGAAUUUUAGCAACCAGGAAAUGACAGAACGAUUUCUACAUUGGCCGCUUGCCCCAGUCUGCCAUUAUUCCUUGUACUCGGGGAGGAGAUGACCAUGCCUUUUAGUGAUGCCGAUGUAAGGGGGGGGAGGGGGACCAAAAUCCAUAUCACGAUUUUAAAAAAAAGCUAUAUAAACUCAGCAAAAAAAGAAACGUCCCUUUUUCAGGACCAUGUCUUUCAAAGAUAAUUAGUAAAAAUCCAAAUUGUAAAGGGUUUAAACACUGUUUUCCAUGCUUGUUCAAUGAACCAUAAACAAUUAAUGAACAUGCCCCUGUGGACGGUCGUUAAGACACUAACAGCUUACAGACGGUAGGCAAUUAGGUUCACAGUUAUGAAAACUUAGGACACUAAAGAGGCCUUUCUACUGACUCUGAAAAACACCAAAAGAAAGAUGCCCAGGGUCCCUGCUCAUCUGCGUGAACGUGCCUUAGGCAUGCUGCAAGGAGGCCUGAAGACUGCAGAUGUGGCCAGGGCAAUAAAUUGCAAUGUCUGUACUGUGGGACGCCUAAGACAGCGCUACAGGGAGACAGGACGGACAGCUGAUCGUCCUCGCAGUGGCAGACCACGUGUAACAACACCUGCACAGGAUCGGUACAUCCGAACAUCACACCUGCGGGACAGGUACAGGAUGGCAAGAACAACUGCCCGAUUUACACCAGGAACGCACAAUCCCUCCAUCAGUGCUCAGACUGUCCGCAAUAGGCUGAGAGAGGCUGGACUGAGGGCUUGUAGGCCUGUUGUAAGGCAGGUCCUCACCAGACAUCACAGGCAACAAUGUCGCCUAUGGGCACAAACCCACAGUCGCUGGACCAGACAGGACUGGCAAAAAGUGCUCUUCACUGACGAGUCGCGGUUUUGUCUCACCAGGGGUGAUGGUCGGAUUCGCAUUUAUCGUCGAAGGAAUGAGCGUUACACCGAGGCCUGUACUCUGGAGCGGGAUCGAUUUGGAGGUGGAGGGUCCGUCAUGGUCUGGGGCAGUGUGUCACAGCAUCAUCGGACUGAGCUUGUUGUCAUUGCAGGCAAUCUCAACGCUGUGCGUUACAGGGAAGAAAUCCUCCUCCCUCAUGUGGUACCCAUCCUGCAGGCUCAUCCUGACAUGACCCUCCAGCAUGACAAUGCCACCAGCCAUACUGCUCGUUCUGUGCGUGAUUUCCUGCAAAACAGGAAUGUCAGUGUUCUGCCAUGGCCAGCGAAGAGCCCGGAUCUCAAUCCCAUUGAGCACGUCUGGGACCUGUUGGAUCGGAGGGUGACUGCUAGGGCCAUUCCCCACAGAAAUGUCCGGGAACUUGCAGAUGCCUUGGUGGAAGAGUGGGGUAACAUCUCACAGCAAGAACUGGCAAAUCUGGUGCAGUACAUGAUGUGGAGGUGCACUACAGUACUUAAUGCAGCUGUGGCCACACCAGCUACUUACUGUUGCUUUUGAUUUUGACCCCCCCCUUUGUUCAGGGACACAUUAUUCAAUUUAUGUUAGUCACAUGUCUGUGGAACGUGUUCAGUUUAUGUCUCAGUUGUUGAAUCUUAUGUUCAUACAAAUAUUUACACAUGUUAAGUUUGCUGAAAAUAAAUGCAGUUGACAGUGAGAGGACGUUUCUUUUUUUGCUGAGUUGAUGUGAUAACGAUAAAUCGGCUAUAAAUACUUUUUUGGGUAGGUGCUAGAGCUGGGCGAUUAUGGGCAAAAAGUCACAUUGUGAUGAAUAUAACUAAUUUGCUUGAUAACAAUAAAUAGAUUACAAUGCAAUGUUCCCUCUAAGUUGCGCGCGUGUGCAGCCGCGCACCUCCUCCAGGACUGCCGCGCAGAAGAAAUACCAUGCCGCGCAGAGACGCAAGAGAUUGAACUUCACAGAGUUCACCCAAUUAGUUUACACUAUAUGGAUCAAUGUUUUUUCUGUGAUCGAAUCAACAUUAUUUCAGCCCCUUUUCAAUACAACAAACAAAAACAAAUCUAAUUUUGCAAGAUUGACUCUGUGAUUUUGUUGUAGGCAGAGCCAGAGCGCAAUGGAGUAGAAUUCUAUUGGCGGGUGUAGCCCACCAGCGGUCUUGAGCUUUUCAGUUCAGAUCAGACCGCAGAGCUGUGCGUCUGCACAUUUGUUGAUAUUCUUUGCUAGUUAGCAAGUUAUUAGCCCAGUUAUAGAUAAGUAUAGGUCAGCAAUGGGGAGUUACUGCUUCCUACAAGAGCACAAAACGUGUAGGUUACAUUUUAAGCUGUCUUGGUAAAAAGCUAAUAUCUUAAAGGGACAGUGUAGUAUUUUGAGACAGGCUUGAAUAUGCAAAUAAGCCAAUAGAGGGGUAGCCUACAUUGUCUAAUUCUCUGUAUGGUAAUAGUAAUUCAUUGUAUUUUGUAAAGUGGUUUAUUGCAUCAUACAACACAAUAAAAUGCAAUUUACAGUCACAUGUUUGGUCCAUGUUACAGACCAAGUAAAAAAUUGUGAAUUAAUGUCAAGCAUUUCAUAAUGUAAAAACGUGUUUAAAGUCUCAUGCAAUGUAGGCCUGCAUUGAACACAACAUAUAGGCUACUGUAGGCUAUAUCAUGGAAAUCAUAAGCUAUUUCCAUGUGAAAAUGUUAUGGGAUUUGCGCCGUUUUGUUGGUAGGCCUACAUUAUGCUCAAAUAGCCACAAUAGCCUAUUGGCUACUGUCAAACUGUAAGGGUACAGCCUCAGUGUUCACUGCGCCGGAAGUUGCAGAAAAUUCUCACAACAUUCAAGUUUCCGCUCACAAGACCAAAAAUGUCCUCAAUGCCCCCAAAAAUUAGAGGGAACAUUGCUACAACAAUAAAACAUUGUUUUAAUGGACAGUUACUUUACAUUAGAGGCAGGGCUCAAGACACAUUUUUACAGUGCCAUGUAAGUCAACUGAGAUGGUAGCCUAAUAUUUUAAAAAGGAAGCUAUUUCUCUAACAUAUCCAGGGAAUGCAUGAUUAAUAUUUUUAUGUGCAACCUGUCAAAAUAGGAUCCAGAAUGAUCAGAUGUAUUUUUGGCUCUGUGCAUAUAGAUAAAAUAUUCCAGAAAUGUUCUCUAUUUCAGCUCAUGAAACAUGGGACCAACACUUUUACAUAUUGCGUUUAUAUUUUUCUUCAUUGUACAACAAGAUCUCACGGUUUUACCAAUUUGACAACAGAUUCUGAUGUUUAUCCACAUUUCUCCAAAUGUCAAAUUUCAAAGUUGCUCCAAACGUCAAAUUUCUUUAUCAUUCCAUUUCUCCUUGCACACAGCAGGGGGAGGGAGGGAGUGAGAGUGGCUCACUCACACAGCAGGGGGAGGGAGGGAGUGAGAGUGGCUCACUCUCACAGCAGCCGACAGCACAACAGGCAGAUACUUUAAAAAGCAGGAAUCAACAUAAUGCAUAGGCUAUUACUGUUGACCAAAUAAUCGCUUUACAACAACCUAGAGGAAUGUUGUAUAGCAAAAUCAUAGAAUAUUAACGACGUACGCAAAAUGCUUCGGUAGGAGGAAGGCAAUGUCGGUGUCGGUCAUUUUCGCUUUAUCGUCCCAGCUCUACAGUUUUCCCAUCUUGACUACAGAAACCGGUCUGGCUUUUGUUUGCAUUUUAGAAUGGGAUUUUGUAUUGGGCCAAAAUAUUUUGGGGGUGAAAGAAUAUGGUGAAACACUAUCAUUCCACUAUUACUGCAGAAAUAUUAUGGACGUUUCUGAAAUUACAAUGCAAAAAUUCUACAUGUAGCUCUUUUGACUUCACUGGCUUCAGGGAGACUUUCCUCCUCAUAACUUGUUUUCUUUCCCCCAGGCACUGUCGGACUCUGUGAUUAGCCAGGGGGUGUCAGGAGGCGGUGCUGAGGGAGCUCUGGCCUCUCAGCUGAAGGAGAAGGAGAGCCUGGUGAGAGCCUGGCUACAGGACAGAGAGGAGCACAGCGCCACCAUGUGCCGGGAGGUCUCCAAGCUCACCGCCGCCCUGCAGGACUAUCAGGGCAUGGUGCAGGUGAGCGCAAGUGAGGAUGGGAAAGUGGAUGCUUUCACCAAUCCCUGUCUUUCAUAUCAGUGAAGAAGAAGACAGUAAGACUGUUAAGAUACUCCUUUAUACUGAGAUGUGCCGUGAUUACAUACGGUCAGUCUUCCAUUGUCUUUUACACAUUUCAGGUCAUCUUCAGUUACCAAUUCCGUGAAUUACCAAGCCUAUAAUAUGGUUUGGUAAUUAGAACCCAUGCCUUUCAUCUCUUCUAAUCUUUCCCCCUGCCUUCUCAAGGAGCAACAGCAGAAUCAUAGUCAGACGGUGUCUUCACUGUCAGAGCAACUCAACGACACACGCAACGACCUGAGGGAGAGGGGGAAGGAGAACAUGGAGGCACAGCGAGCCUGGCGGAGCGAAAAGGAGGAAAAAGAGAGGGAGGAGAGGAAAUUGAGGAAGAGCCUGGAGAAGAGAGACCAACUCAUUGAGGUAUGUCCGUACAUGAGCGAGUGUUUGAACUCGUUACCUGUAUAAAAGAUACCUGUCCACACACUCAAUCAAACAGACUCCAACCUCUCCACAAUGGCCAAGACCAGAGAGCUAUGUAAGGAUAUCAGGGAUAAAAUUGUAGACCUGCACAAGGCUGGGAUGGGCAACAGGACAAUAGGCAAGCAGCUUGGUGAGAAGGCAACAACUGUUGGCGCAAUUAUUAGAAAAUGGAAAAAGUUCAAGAUGACGGUCAAUCAUCCUCGGUCUGGGGCUCCAUGCAAGAUCUCACCUCGUGGGGCAUCAAUGAUCAUGAGGAAGGUGAGGGAUCAGCCCAGAACUACACGGCAGUACCUGGUCAAUGACCUGAAGAGAGCUGGGACCACAGUCUCAAAGAAAACCAUUAGUAACACACUACGCCGUCAUGGAUUAAAAUCCUGCAGCGCACGCAAGGUCCCCCUGCUCAAGCCAGCGCAAGUCCAGACCCGUCUGAAGUUUGCCAAUGACCAUCUGGAUGAUCCAGAGGAGGAAUGGGAGAAGGUCAUGUGGUCUGAUGAGACAAAGAAAUAGCUUUUUGGUCUAAACUCCACUCGCCGUGUUUGGAGGAAGAAGAAGGAUGAGUACAACCCCAAGAACACCAUCCCAACUGUGAAGCAUGGAGAUGGAAACAUCAUUCUUUGGGGAUGCUUUUCUGCAAAGGGGACAGGACGACUACACCGUGUUGAGGGGAGGAUGGAUGGGGCCAUGUAUUGCGAGAUCUUGGCCAACAACCUCCUUCCCUCAGUAAGAGCAUUGAAGAUGGGUCGUGGCUGGGUCUUCCAGCAUGACAACGAUCCGAAACACACAGCCAGGGCAACUAAGGAGUGGCUCCGUAAGAAGCAUCUCAAGGUCCUGGAGUGGCCUAGCCAGUCUCCAGACCUGAACCCAAUAGAAAAUCUUUGGAGGGAGCUGAAAGUCUGUAUUGCCCAGCGACAGCCCCGAAACCUGAAGGAUCUGGAGAAGGUCUGUAUGGAGGAGUGGGCCAAAAUGAUGUCCAUACAUGACCUUUAGAAAAACACUAAAGAUCGGACCAAAUUAACUCUGAAUAUUUUGAUUUGUGAACAUUUUUUAUUUAGCAAGUUCUCCUGGAUUCCGAGGAACGGGAUCAUCUACUCAAAGAACUUCAACAGAACCUGCUGAACAAAUUUGAACCCAUGACUGCUGUCAAACACACACUAUGAAAGAGACAAACAAGAUAGUGAGAGAGCAAAAAACGUAGAACCAUGAAGGUACAAUGCACAUUUAUAUAGAUGAGCUGCAUGAACCAGCACUUUCUUGCACCACAGGUAGUUUACUUCUAAUUACAAUUAUAUGUAGGCCUAUUAAAAAGGUUGUGUUGAUGCGCAUUUGUUGCAUCAAAACUCCUGACUGGAUAUUUGUCAAUAAUGAUAAUGUUUUUGCUCCAUUUUGGCAUCCUUCAUAUUUGUAUAUUAAUAUUUCAAUCAUGUUAAAAUGACUGAUUUAAUUGAUUAAGUAUGCUAGUAGUUAAUCCAUGUCUAACAUGAAUUUAGAAUUUGCUUAAAUGGUACUCUGUCAAUGAAAUGUAUCAAUACAGACAGUUCAAUCAAAAAAUGUAAUUGACUGAGAGUACCAUUUAUGCAAAUUCAA